AUAAUAAUUAAAUGGGAAAUUACUGUGCAGUAAUCAGACGCGACUGUGAUUGGUUCAUCUGCUCAGCGCAGAGAAAAGUAACUGUCAUCUUUUAUUUACAUUCAAUUAAAAAUACACAGGGGCUAUUUUUAGUAGACUAAUUAUUAUUUAUAACAUCUUACAAGUGCCUCAUGGUGAUCCAGUCGAGCAGGAGUCUGAUCAAUCAAAAUAUUUUAUAAUCAAGUCAGUUUUCUGUUUACAUUAAGGUGAAUCAUUUGUAAUUCAGCGCGAGGCUCUUUAACGGCCUGAGAGGCUGAUGGAGUCCGAGGACCCGUCGGCGGGACUGUCCACGUCUGAGUUCACCUGUCACUGCUGCUACGAGGUGCUGGUCGAUCCCACCACGCUCACCUGCGGACACAGCUUCUGCCGCCACUGCCUGGCCACCUGGUGGGCGUCCACCAUCCGCACCGACUGCCCAGAAUGCCAAGCGAUAUGGCAGGGCUUUCCCAAAGUCAACAUCCUGCUCCGGGAUGCGGUGGAGAAGCUGUUUGCCGCUGAUGUGAGCCGCCGGAAGCAGGCCGUCCUGAGCGAUCCGUGGCUCCGGCAUGUUCUCCUGGCGUUCCAGCAGCAGGGGGAGACACCUGGGGUGCAGCAGAGAUGGCAGGGAUGGGACGCUCCUGCGGUGAACCACGUGGAGAUCAACCUGAUGGACCUCUACUCUGGAGUCACUGCAGUGCUGAGCUGCGUGGUUAUGGUGUUGUUAGUGUACCGCACGUUCACUGCCGACUCCAGUCACGAGAUGCUGCUCAGUAAACCACUCAGCAGGUGGAGCGCUAGUGAUGUCACACUGUGGGUGGAGCAACUGGGUGUCUGGACCAAUCACUAUAAAGAAACCUUCCACAGGGAGCAGAUCAACGGCAGAUCACUGUCUGCUCUCAGCGAUGAGGAUCUGUCCGCGGCUCCGUUCAUGAUCGAGAAUCAGUCUCACAGACGGAUCAUCCUGGAGGAGCUGCACAAACUCAGAGCGCUCCAAGUCUCCCUGAACCUCUGGCAGUACAAGGAUCUGAAUCCAGGGAAGACUCUGUUUCUGCUCGUCAGUCUGAGGAGUUCUCCGCGUCUGACGCUGCUCCACCUCUUCCUGUUUGAUUACGGCGACACCUUCCUGCCCUUCAUCCACACCUGCUGCCCUGCGACACGAGGCGGUCCGGCCGACACGCUGCAGGAUUGGCCGGGCUGGCAGCAGUGGGCGGAGUUUCUGCUGAUGUACUUCCUGUUGCCGCAUCAGCUGCUGGCUGCGUUUGCUGAGCACUGGCUGAGCGUUCACUGCUGGACGGCCGGCGUCGUCAUCGUUCACGCCACGUUAAUGACGGUGCUGGACGUCUCCUUCUACUGGACGCUGUGGACGAGAGGAGAGAUGAGGACGCUCCCUAAGAAGCUUUGGCUUGAUGUGUCGGAGGAGAUGGCAGACUGGUUUCUGUUGGUGCUGCUGUGGCCGCUGGUUCCUCUGUUCAUCGUUAAUAUUGACUUCUACUGCCAGCUGUUUAUCAAGCCCUUCCACACCGCGACGCGGGUCAAACAAACACUCCUGCAAACAGACAGAUAAAUAAAAACUGCUGAUCAUUUAUUAA